CUUUCCCAAGUAACAAUGGUCACCAUCUUGUUCAUGAACUUGUAGACGACGACUACAAAUGUGCAAACCGCAACAUCUACUCCAUAUCCUCCAUAGUUACGACAUACAGGGAUCGUGGCUUCUUCCAGAACUUCCACCACGACUUCUUGGGGUCUUUCUUGCUGUACUUCGGAGGGGGGUUAGGAUCACGCUGCGAGUAUCCAGGAAGUGGAUCAUGCGCCUGGUACGGCGGAGGGUCACUAGGCGAGGGCUCGCGGGUCUCGAGCUCCAUGUCAUCGAGGUACGCGCGCUCCUCGAGGUCGAGGGCCCGCGGGCGCGUCUGCCAGACCCUCGAGCCCUUCGACUUGCGUUCAGGCUGGGGUCUGUGCGGGAUCGGGUGAGAGUGAGGGUUCUCAGGCUGCUGGGAGUGGACGGGCUUGGGGUCGUUGAUGCGGCCCUGCUCGGUGUGCGCCGGCACGUCUCGCGCUUCCCACCAGCGCAGGGCAUCGCGGGCCUCCAGCUCUUCGAGCUCCUCAAGCGAGCGGGGCGGCGUCUGCAGGAGCCUCGACCCCUCGGACUUCUGAGGCAGCGUGUGGGGGCCUUUCCGGUGGUACUUCUGGAUCGGUCGAGGGAUCUUCUCCAGGUGACCCGGCUUGGGACCGUUCAUCAGGUUGUGUUUGUUGAACCUCGGUGGGUCCGAGGGCAUAGGUGUACGCACCUCGUGCCACACCGGGGUGACUUCCCGAGCCUUGAGCAUGUUGACCAGGGUACGCGCCAUGAUCUCCGUGUCGUACUCGAACUCACGCUCCUGGAGGUCCACACUUCGGGAGUCGACGGGCAAGGCAAGCACCGACGCGGGGAUAGCCGCGAACGUUGCCAGAACGAGCGACAGAGCUGUUCCAACGCGCAUCGUGGGUUAUUCGUAGGUUAUGAACGGUGUCGUCGAAGAAUGAGGUGGAAGGUCGGUCGUUAAUCAAGCAGGGCAACCAGUACCACUGCUGUCGGUGAGCUAGAAGCAAACGAGCUGAGCUGAGGAAUGC